AUGGAGGCGUUACAAUUCUCGACCGUUGUCUCUCGACAUUUCUCUACACCUUCUCUUGCGAGAAACAAUAAGAGUCUCUCUUACUUUUCAAGUUGUCCAAGAAAUUCAACUAAAUCUUCUUGUUUUUCGUGGACUGGCUCAAGCAAUAAUGUCACUUCACUUUCUUCAAGAAAUUCAUUCACUAGAGAGAUAUGGAAGUGGGUGAAUUGUAAGAGUACCGUUACUUUGAGAAGAGAACUGGGGAGUGGUAUGGUCAAAGCAGAAAUGUUUGGUCAGUUAACUAGUGGCCUUGAAUCUGCUUGGAACAAGCUUAAAGGAGAAGAGGUUUUGACCAAGGAGAAUAUUGUGGAGCCAAUGAGGGAUAUUAGAAGAGCUCUACUGGAAGCUGAUGUAAGCCUUCCUGUGGUUCGAAGGUUUGUGCAAUCAGUCAGUGACCGAGCUGUUGGUGUUGGCUUGAUAAGAGGAGUGAAACCUGAUCAGCAAUUAGUCAAGACUGUGCACGAAGAGCUUGUGAAAUUGAUGGGUGGAGAGGUAUCUGAAUUGGUCUUUGCGAAAUCUGGUCCCACUGUAAUAUUACUGGCUGGCCUACAAGGAGUUGGGAAGACAACUGUUUGUGCAAAGUUAGCUAAUUAUCUUAAGAAACAGGGGAAGUCUUGCAUGCUUGUUGCGGGGGAUGUGUACAGACCUGCUGCCAUUGAUCAGCUUGUUAUUUUGGGUGAACAGGUAGGUGUGCCUGUUUAUACAGAAGGAACUGAUGUUAAACCUUCAGAAAUAGCUAGGAAAGGUUUAGCAGAGGCCAAAAAGAAGAACAUAGAUGUGGUCAUAGUAGACACUGCUGGAAGGCUUCAGAUAGACAAAGGAAUGAUGGAUGAGUUGAAAGACGUCAAACGGGUAUUGAAUCCAACAGAAGUUUUGCUUGUUGUGGAUGCAAUGACUGGGCAAGAAGCUGCAGCCUUGGUUACAACGUUCAACCUGGAAAUUGGAAUUACGGGUGCCAUUUUGACCAAGCUAGAUGGGGAUUCUAGAGGUGGUGCAGCUCUGAGUGUUAAAGAGGUAUCAGGAAAGCCAAUCAAGCUUGUAGGACGGGGAGAGCGAAUAGAGGAUCUUGAACCUUUCUACCCAGAUCGAAUGGCUGGACGCAUCUUAGGAAUGGGAGAUGUUCUGUCCUUUGUUGAGAAGGCUCAAGAAGUUAUGCGCCAAGAAGAUGCUGAAGAUCUGCAGAAGAAGAUUAUGAGUGCCAAUUUUGACUUCAAUGAUUUCCUAAAGCAAACUCGUGCUGUUGCUAGGAUGGGUUCCAUGACUCGUGUCAUAGGGAUGAUCCCAGGAAUGGCAAAGGUUACUCCUGCACAAGUUCGUGAAGCAGAGAAGAGUUUAAAGAUAAUGGAAGGAAUGAUUGAAGCGAUGACUCCUGAGGAGAGAGAGAAACCAGAAUUGUUAGCAGAGUCUCCUGAAAGGAGGAAAAGAGUUGCUCAGGCUUCUGGAAAAACAGAGCAGCAGGUAUGCACACUUGCUACUUGA